CCAAUGGCGGCUCACACAAGUUUCUUUGAAUGAGUUAAAACGUUCAGUAAACGUUUUAUCGAGAACAAAGUUAUUAUUAGUGGUUGCAACAUAAUUUCUAUAUUGUUUUUCACUUGGUUUAAAUUUUCCUAUGUUCUGCAGCGGUUGACAAAUCGCCUGUGAAUGACUGAAGAUGUCUCUCAACAAAUACAUGCACCCACGGAACCCCUACAGGCGCCAGAAACCAGACUUCCAACUUCUGGCCAGCAAGUACCCUGAGUUUUGUAGCCACGUUAUUCAGGACACAGCAGGCAAGGUGUUCCUGGACUUCAAGAACCCUGAAGAUUUGCGAAUUCUCACCAAAACUUUGCUGAAGGAAGACUUUGACCUUGAUGUUGAGUUGCCUCAGGAUCGGUUGGUUCCAACGAUCCCGCUGAGACUCAAUUACCUGCUGUGGGUUGAAGAUAUCAUCGGAAGGAAGAAAUCUGGUGUACGAGGAAUCGAUAUUGGUACUGGUUCAUCUUGCGUUUAUCCGUUACUAGGCAACAAGAUGAACAAAUGGUCCUUCCUGGCAACAGAUAUCGAUGCUCAAAAUGUCUUCUAUGCUAAGAAGAAUGUUGAGAAAAAUAGUUUGACUUCAGCAAUAACAGUGAAGAAAGUGACAGAGGAUGCUCUGAUGACCGGGGCUCUCCUAGAUGAGGAUUCGGACGUGACAUACGACUUCUGCAUGUGUAAUCCUCCUUUCUUUGCGGACCACAAUGAGGCACAGGCAGUGUCGACAUCCCGCAGCGUGGACCGCAGCGAGCCCUGCUCCGUCAGUACUGCCAGCCCCAAGGAGAGCAUCGCCCCUGGAGGGGAGGUGAUGUUCGUCAAACAGCUGAUUGCUGACUCAGCAUCUCUGAGGACCAGAGUAAGGGUGUACACCACCAUGCUUGGCAAGAAGACCAGCAUAUCUCCCUUGAAGGAGGAGCUACGCAAACUGAAGGUUCCCAAAUACGCCACGACAGAGUUUUGUCAGGGCAAGACAAUGCGGUGGGGGAUAGCCUGGUCCUUUGAUGAAAGUGUCGUGUUCCCUAAGUCUCCCUUCCAGUCCUCCAAGAAUGAGAAGCCACCUCUGUCCUACGUUGUGCCGUUUGCAGCUGGUGGCGCUAUCUAUGAUGUGCCACAUCUGACGCAACAUGUAAAGACUAUACUUAAUGGACUUCAGAUUCAGCACAGAGAGAAGAAAUGUCACAAGGGUUUUGCCAGCCUUGCGGUCGUAGCGCAUGAAAACACCUGGUCCAACCAGAGACGUAAACGUCGACAGAAGCUGCGAGAAGGGGCAGACAACUCUACCCGCCCCACAAGUGAUAUGUCUGUCAUACAGGACAAGCUUGGUGAACACGUGAAAGAUGAAAAGGGAGAUAACUCCGCACUGGAAGUGAAGGGAGACGACUCUGGGUUGGAAAUGAAGGGAGAUGACUCUGGGUUGGAAAUGAAGGGAGCUGAUGACAGUGGUUGUCUCAACGUCAGUGGCGACAACAACAUGGGUGUGGAUGGUGGUGUGGAAGAUUCUGAACACAGGAAGAGGAAGGCGCCAGAAACUCUGUCAGAAGAAUCAGGUGAAAGCAAAAGGAUCAAAGUUGUCGAGGAAACGGAAAUUGUGAAAAACACAGAUGUUGAAUCAGUUCAAGCUGAUAACAGCAAAUCAAACAAUUGUGAUACAAGCAAACACGGGAAAUAUGGCUUGACUAAAUCUGGAUCUGAAGCAACAAGUAUCAAGGCAGAUGGGAAGAAACCAGAUGUGGCGACUUCUGGCAAGAAGCGGUACAUCCUGAAGUGUGACGUGAACCUGAAGAAGCGGGCAGGGCAGCCGGAGGUGGUCCUGGAGAUGGUGUGGCGGGACGGAGACAGUCGCGAGCUGAUGCAUCAGGUCAUGCAGUACUUGAAGAACAAGCUGAAGCCGCCAUGUUGAUGGGCUUACAUCAACUCAUAAUGGUCACAGUUGGUUCAACUUCUCUAAAACACUGAUCCUCCAUUGUGUGUCUGGGUGGACCUACAUCAACUCAAAAUGGUCACAGUUGGUCAGACUUCUCUAAAACACUGAUCCGCCGUUGUGACUCUAUCCAGUCGUCUGUCCUCGUUCGGCCAUGGAGACUUGCGUGAGCCCACGUAGCCACCCACGCAGCCACCCUUGAAACCGCCCACGUAGCUGUUUCCACCCAGCUCUUGGCGUCGCAUCAAGAUUGAUGUGCAAUACUGUAUGAAGAGCUAUAACACUCCCUGGACCCCUCAGGGCCUCACUCUGUAGAGUUGUGUAGCGUCCUUGUUCGUGGCAUACGACCAGCACACAUUUAUUUUCUGGUUACCUUGCCUUCAUACAACCUGACCUUGAUGAUAUAAUGUUGUACAUAGUGAAUAAAUCUGAACAGAAGUGACCCAUGAAGAUCUGGGUUAGAAUUGGCCUUCAGUAACUGACUUGGUUGACACAUGUCAUUGUAUCCCAAUUGCGUAGAACGAUGCUCAUGCUGUUGAUCACUAGAUUGUCUGGUCUGGUAUGACCGCCGCCAUAUAGCUGGAAUAUUGCUGAGUGCGGUGUAUAACUGAACUCACACCCUGUCUCACUAAACAGAAGGGGUAUAGCUACUUUGGUGAAGAGUGAAAUAUGGAUAAUGGUGGACAUUACAAACACUUCAGGUUGAUUGUUCAGUGCCUCAUAUUCAGUGUACUUCUUGGCAAGACUUUCGGUUCACAUGACUGAAAGACAAGUUAGCUUGUAUCAUGACAUGAUUCUCCGUCAUCGUUGUUUAUCGUCCAUUGUAACCAUUCCCUCUGAGACCUAAAACUUCACACUCAACUCCCACUAUAAUGACACCUUAGUUUGUUUAAGAGGUUCGCAUGUCAUGUUCGGUAUGGCCACCAUGUUAAUAUUAAAUUUAUGAAAGUGUACUUUAUUCAUUUUUGUAUACAACUGUUGUCUGCAAGUUCAGCAAUUGUCAGGGUACCUGCCACAAGUCUUGAAGCUGUGUUGACAAGACUCUAGGGCUGUAACGAUGCAUCAAACUAUCGAUGGAUUGCAAUUGUUGAGUUUUCGAUAGCAAUUAGUCGAUGGUGGAAACGAAAAACUAUUGAUGCAUCGAUAGUAUGUGGGACUAUCGAUAGUUUAGUAAUUGACUUCUGUUGAUAAUUGCGCAGUGCAAAAUACAGGAAGUACCUGAGUCGUUCGCUUUGAUUUAGAGUUAUCCGCCCGUGUUACCUCUUUAACACACAUGAUCUGGGUUUCAAUUUGUUUGUCAGUUAUUAAAAGAGACUGAAACUACA